AUGAGAAACAUUGACUGAGUAUUGCCUAGAAACCCUUGUGUUCCUAUUAUGAAUUGUGAUGAUCCUCGAGUCAGAGAUUGGACUUUGUUCAGUUUCCAAGUCAGCGUGUAUUGUAUAGGUGAUUUUCGCCUCGAUUUUGUUGUUGUCGAAGUUUAUCGUGUUCAGAUGAAAAGUUGCUGGGGCGUAAUGGGGAAGUUUAAAAGAAAACGGAAAUAUAGGGUAUGGGCUGUUUAGGAUUCCUUUUGGAUUAUUUUUUAUUAUGGCAUUCAUCAAAAUAGGUUUAUUUUGAUUAAAUUUGCCUAAAAAAAUAGUUGACUUAAACAAUUAGCUGAAAGGAUCUUUUUCAAGAUCUACGAUAUACAUAUUGCCCUGGGGGAGUAAAUUCUUCCCAGUCUACCAGAGUGGUGCUCAUGUGAAAGACUUCACUUUCUGCUGAGGAGACGUCGCCGCUUGCUUUGGUAAUUGUGACUGUUUCUAUUCCCAAAGUUUUGAUGUGGAUGCGUCCUGGUCCUCUUGCGCUUGGGAGAUUGAGCAAAAUCUCGCCUGUCAAUUUUUCACCUGCAACGUAAAAGUUCCCAUCCAGUCAUAUAUAAAUAAAAGGAUUUUCAGCUGAGUCUUCUGUGCUGGCUCGGUCACUCAUAUCUAA